GUAGGGCAUGUAGCGUCGCAGUCGGAUGUAAUUGGGUUGACAUCAUCCACAACUUUAUUAAUCCGUGUGAUGUAAAGUUCAUUGAUCAAACUUCAGAAUUACUAACCAUGUCCUCUAAGCGAUCUGGUGAGGAGACAAUGGGCGGCCCGACAUUAGCCAAGCGCCGAGAGGAAGACGACGAGUCGAAGUGUGUGCCCGAGCUAUUUGUGCCGUACAAUAUCGAUCAGUGGGUUGAAGAAAACAAGGGAUUCUUUCAACCCCCAGUCUGCAAUAAACUAAUGCAUGAAGAUGGACAGAUGAAAGUAUUUUUUGUGGGAGGUCCCAACCAGAGGAGGGACUAUCAUAUUGAGGAGGGAGAAGAGCUUUUUUACAUGAUGAAAGGAGAUAUGUGUCUGAAAGUGUUAGAAAAGGGAGUUCACAGAGAUAUUGAAAUAAAAGAGGGUCAGGUAUUUCUGCUACCUGCACGAAUCCCUCAUUCUCCACAAAGGAAGGCGGACACUGUAGGCUUGGUGAUAGAAAGAGAGCGAAAUGCUGAUGAACUGGACGGUCUGCGGUACUUUGUAGAAGACCAAGGAAAGCUUACUACAGAAACACUUUAUGAGAAAUGGUUCCAUUGUGAGGAUUUAGGUCCUCAGCUGGCAGCUGUUAUCAAAGAAUUUUUUACAACAGAACAGUAUAAAACAGGAAAACCAGUUAAAGGCACUAUUUCUGAGAAGCCACCUGUUUCUAUUGAUGAAGAAGUUAGUAUUGAUGACCCCAUUUACCUGAAAAACUGGCUUGAAGAAAAUCGAAAAGAGCUGAUGAAGAAUGGCGCUGUAACCCUCUAUGGCAAUGGCUCACAAUUUGAGGUAAUGCUGUUCGGUAAAGGACAGUUUUCCGGAGAACAAGCUCAUUUGGAAACAUUUUUAUGGCAACUGGAAGGCAGCUGUGACCUAAGGGUAAAGGAUAGACAGUGGCGUCUCGAGGAAAAUGGUUCUGUGUUGGUUAAGGCAGGUGUCAGGUAUGAGGGAAAUAAUAAAGAAGAUUCUGUGACACUAGUCUGCUAUCAGGACCCAUCGAAGAAAACGGAAUGAGGGUAACAAGGAGUGAACUUCCGAAUGCUCAUACACAUGAUACAAGGCUGUAGGUAUCGGGUGUUAGUGAAAGAUUUGUAAAGAACACCAAAAUAUGAAUUUGAUAAAUGAAGGUCAAAUUUUGCUCGUUGAUGAUCAUUGGCACAGUAUAUUCACAAAACAGUACCGUCAGGUACUGGUAGCCUCUUCUGAUGUUGGAUUGCCAGGUUUUGGAUUGGCCAGGUUUUAGAGGGAACACACUCUUAAUUUGCAUUUCUACCAGUCUUGUUUCUUUUUCCUUCAAAUUUUAAGAGUACUUUCCUGAAAUUCAGUUCAUAGUUUUAAAUCAACCCAGCAACAGGUCGUAAAUAUUACAUAGCCGUUAAUUGUGGUCAUUUUGUUAGUCAGAUGUAUGGAAAUAGCAUGACCAGACAUGGCGUAGAUAUCUGGAAUUAAGAUAAACGAAUAUCCAAAUGCCAGGUAGACAUUUAGCCUAUCCAGUCUUUAGGGUUGUCCUUUUAUGUUAAUACCUAACAGGUAGAAAUUUUUUUUACUAAAAUAAUUUUUUUUUAGUUAUAAACAAUAUCAUAAAACAUAAUAAUUUUUAUUCAAGAAACAAAAAGUGGUAUGUAUCUCACUUGAACAAUGAUUCUCUGCAUAAUCAAUACUUCCAUGUCCAUAGACUUGGCAUAUUUUUGUACAAAUAUACAAUUUUAGCCUCAUCUUUCAAUACUUGCAAAUGUAUCAUCGGAUGUUUAUAUUCAUAACUGUGUAUCAGUUUCUAUGAUCUGAAUGCUCUUUUUGCAUUUACAUGUAUUUUGUGUUUAUUCAAAAUUUGUUGUAAUAAAAUGAAUAUGAUAAUGGAGAAA